AUGCGAAAUAGGAGCAUUGUACGUCUUGAGCUCAUUCCAAAUGGUCGUACAGAUUCCUGUGCCAACCCUGCAUGCCAACAACAGCUCCAGAAAUUAAUCCAGUCAGGAAGUUUAGGAGGUCUCCCAAUGUCUCAGUGGAAACACUCAAUGAGCUCAGAUGGUGAAGGUCCAUGCAAUAUCCGCCCUUCAACUGAAUUUCCAUUAUCUGCACAGCUCCAGUAUACAGAAAAAUGGGAAACUGCAAGUUUAAGAUCUUGA